UUAUCAUAGCAGAUAAUAAAUCACAGGGACACCAGAGCAGGUUAUUUGUAAUAAUAAUACAAAUUACAACAAUAAUAAACUUACAUACCAAAUUAUUGUAUUCUACCACGUACAGUAUUUAUCUGUAUAUCACCAUAAGGCUUAACUGUGCAGAAACGCAUGGUCUGCAGCAUACAGGAAAUACAACUAUAGUAUGUUAAUUUUAUAAUCGCUACAACGUACGUAUAUAACAGGUCACCAACACCUCUUUGUGACGUGAAUUGUAAAGGUGAGUUUGAAACUGUUAGGCCACACCCAGCCCCACCUCCCAAGCUCUAACGAAUUGGUGGGGAGAUGGCUUUCAGAAAAAGAUAAAAGCUCAAGGACUUCACAGCACCGACGUUCAAGUAGGGUUUGUGAAAUAUCAUUUUACAUUUGUUAUUGGCUUACUGGAAAUUGCAAGUGACUUGAUUUAAAAACAACAUUUUGGCUAAUUCUUGCCUGUAAAGUUUGAAUUUUCAACUGAAUACAGACAUGGGAACCACAGAAUCCAAUUCAGAUGGUUUUAUAAAGACUGCCCUACCAUCGGACGGAUUUCAUUUGUCUGAUGACACCAGUUUGGCUUUGCCACCUGAGAAAAAUAUAAAACUAUCCAACAGGCAAAUUAAUGAAAAGAGUUUCAGGGUGCAGCAACAAGUACAACGCACACUGGCUACAAAAAGCAAACGGGGUAUGCCAGAUGGUAGUUUGCACCUGUCCAACAGCAUCCCAGAGCAAGUUCAGAGAUAUGACUCUAUGAGCACAGCACAUCAGGAACCCUACAGUGCAAGCAAGUUUUAUAAUACUUUGAGCUAUGAGAAUGAGUAUGGCACCCUGGGGAAGUCUUUCUCUGGAACGUAUGUGAGGAAUGACAGUAUGAAGCGCCCAUCAAUGCGGGUCGAGAUUUCACCAGUGUCGAGCCCAGAGAUGCCUCGAUCCCGAGCCCAAACAAGCUACAAUUAUGAAAUGUUUCACAAGGGACUGCACACCCUGCCUGCGGUCCAAACUCCCAUUAUCCAGGGAUUAAGCACAAAAUCUACUAGUAUGCCUACUAGAUACACCCGUUCGGAAAUCUUAAAUUUCAAUAGGUAUAACACAUCUGGACGGGGCCGUUGUUACAGCAACAGACGUCAGCAAGUCUGGAACCAAGGCCGAGCAGAUGAUGCUGUCUUUUUGGAUAACCUCUGCUCCAGCCCAAACACCAUACAAUUCCAGCGGCUUGGAACAAGCCGAAGCUUGAUCAACGUCCUGGAUGCAAGAAAGUCAGCAGCAGCCAUGGGGCAGACUCAAGUUCGGACUCCAGUCCAGACGCAGAACCGCAAUUUAAGCAUGGGUAGAGUUCAGAGGGAAGAAAUGUUUCAAAGGAAUGCGGCACGUGCCUCCCAGCCUCCUUUGUGCAGCAUGCAAAUAGAUGGCAACGUCAGGCAGUCAAAGGGGGGUACGACUGUAGCUGUAUUGUCAAAUGCAGGAGCUAUUGAACGUCAGACACAAGCAAGUUUUUCUGGAGCACAAAUUGAAGCAGCUAGGGGGGAGACAAUUGAGAUGACUCUAGACAAGGCUAUUUCCUACCUGACUACCAGCAACUCCGAAUGGCAGGUCACUGCUGCAGCCUUCAUUCAACAUCAGUGCUUUGUAAACGUAGACUCAAAGAGAAUGGUGUACUUCAUGCAUGGGAUUCCCAAACUGAUCAAGGCUCUGGAGAGUGACAGUGUCGAGCUUCAGCGUGCAGCCAGCGGAGCUCUUCGCAACAUUGUCUUCGAGGACAGCGACAACAAGAUGGAGGUGAAGGAGCAGAAUGGCAUUCCUGUUGUGCUGAGACUCCUCAAAAAAACCCGGGACGUGGAGACCAAAAAACAGCUCACUGGUUUGCUCUGGAACCUGUCCUCUAUUGACAGUCUAAAAGAUAUACUCAUCAGGGAGGCUCUCCAUCCGGUCACAGACACUGUCGUUGUUCCCUGCUCUGGUUGGUCAGAUGGAGACUAUCCAAAGGCAGAUCUGCUAUCGGAUCCAGAUCUCUUCUACAACGCUACCGGCUGUCUGCGAAACUUGAGUUCAGCUGGCUUAGAGGGACGAAAAGCUAUGAGGGAAUGUGAAUUGUUGAUUGACUCACUUGUGCAUUAUGUUCGGGGUACCAUUGCUGACUAUAAAGCAGAUGAUAAGGCUACAGAGAACUGUGUGUGUAUCCUUCACAAUGUUUCCUACCAGCUGGAAUCUGAGCUGCCUGGAAGAUACUUCAAGGAUCUUGCUGGCACAAGGCGGGACGCCUCCCCACAAGGCAAAACACCAGGCUGUUUUACCACUCAAAGCAGGAAUAUCAAACAGAAAGAUGACCACAGGGUCUCUUUUCCAGAAGAAAAGAGUAACCCGCACAGUGUGGAGUGGCUGUGGAGCCCAAUCACUGUGAGAAUGUACCUCUCUCUAAUAGCUAAGAGCACCAGAAGUUACACCCAGGAGGCAUCAAUGGGAGCUCUCCAGAACCUCACUGCUGGAAAUGGGGUGAUAUCAUUCUCGAUUGCACAGACCAUUGUACAAAGGGAAAAUGGUCUCCAGCACAUUAGAAGGAUGCUUCAUUUGAAUGAACCUGGAGUGAAGAAGACAGCCAGUUCUCUGCUGAGGAACAUGUCACGCUAUCCUGAGCUGCAUAAGGAGAUGGCCAACCAAGUACUGCCUGAUCUGGUUUCAGUCCUCCCAGAUUCUGCCAGAGAUCCCCAAGUACUUGCAGAGAUGACUGUUUCUGUGUGUUAUGUUCUCAACAACUUGGUACAGAGUGACGCCAAGAAUGCCCGCACCAUUCUAAAUAAUGAGGGGCUGAGAAAAAUCAUCAACAUCAGCACCAGUGACAGUGAUGUACCAACAAAAGCUGGACAAUCUGCAUCCAUUCUCCUUCACACAAUGUGGAAACACAAUGAGCUACAUAGUGCCUACAAAAAAGCUGGGUAUAAGAAGGGCGUUUUUAUCAACAACAAAACAAUGCGAGCCACUCAGUCAAAGACGGAUUAAUAAAAGACGACUGCAGAGAACCAUGAACAGAUGGACUUUUAAUCAACACUAAUUACAGAGGUUAACAGGACUGCAUUUAAUUGAUUUAUACUCGCUGUCCCAAAACAAGAUUUGUCUGUGUUGAUGGAGUUUGGUUCUGGACCUAAGCCAUUUGAUUUUGUUGGGAGCGUUCGAGGAAUAAUCCCAUUUAGAGAGAGAGACAGAGAGAGAGAGACUUUGACUUUUAAAAUCCCUUUUUUCUAUAAAAUAGAAUACAAAAUAAAAACUAAAUAAUGUCACACUUUAAAAAAGAAACCAAAACAAAAAAAAAAAAUACACUGGUCAAAACACAAAACGAUCCAACAUUUCUCGUUCCAUUUAAAAUAAAUAAAUAAAUAAAAAAUAAAAUCCAGUUCAGUGGGAUCUCAGUCUUUCAGAGUGUUUCUCACAUGAGCAGGUCAAGCUGCCCCUCCCCAAUUCACCAACGUCUCUCAAAACUGUCUAGGUCGUGCACCAUCUUGAACCUGGAGACCAUCAGGAUCCUAAAAAUACUAAUAGGACUGAUAAAACCAGUGGCUAAAACUUUAAUUUUUUGGGAUUUUAAAAUAGCUAAUUCCACCUGACCAAGGACAGUGUUAACCAAUAAGCACCCAUCUCUCUGUGCAAAAUUAUACUUUACACUAAAAACAAAAAACUUUAGUAAAAAUAACCCCCAGGGAAGCCAGCAGGUUCUCUAAAAACAAAAAGGGCUGCAGCCGAGGGCAAUCCACAAACGGGUGGAAAACGGUCUCCUCCAAUGGAUAGACAGGGCACUGGACACUGACCCCCGCUCCACUCGGAUAUCUAUUUGUGGCUAUAAUGCCAUGCAGCAUUCUCCACUGCACGUCUCGAGCGCUUGGGCAUGGGAAGCUUAUACAGCACCCUCCAGAAGGGAACUUCAUCAACAGGGCCACAAAGGUGAGCCCUCCGCUUAGUGUCCACCAAGUCUUUCAACUUAUUAAAAUGUCUGGUUUUCACACAGAUUUCAUAGUCUUUUUCUCAAUUGUGUGGAAAGCCACCUCUGUGACCUUCCUAAGUGACAGCAGUUUUCCAACCUGCUCUUCCUCCUCCACCUCCUCUGUCACUGAAGGGGAAACCAGCACUGCGGGGAAAGGGGUUCCUGCUCUGGGGCCACGUGCUCCUCCAGAAACCUGCUCAGAAACUAGGAAAGUGCCAGACAGAGGGAUGCCUGGAGAUCACUCAGCACCUUCUCCAGGAAAAGCUCUGAUCUAAUAUUCAGUGCAGAGGGUAAAACCCUGCUGGCUUUCCAACUAAAAAGCUUAAAAUCAAUCAAAUGCCCCAGUUUAGUAAAGCCGGCUUUAAGAAACAAAGUGGAUAAAAAAGCAGAGCUAAAAACCUCACGUUUGAAAAUGGGGUUAAAAACAGAGGCUCUUCAAAAACCCUCUGUAUGCUCUGUCAUUCUUCUGACCUUGUGAUCUUUAAAAGUCUCCAAGCAUUUAACAGAUUCUUAUAAAAACCCUCCAACCCUGCAUCACUAAAACAAUCAGGAGAUAUGUAUAUAUAUAUAUAUA